AUGGCCGAGACCUUCCUCUCAUGUGACACCAUGAAAAUUCAUCCGGCAAAGGAGACGAAAAAAGAACCUCAGCCGAUGAUCGUCCUCUCAACCGCCGCCUUGGCCACCGAUGAUUCGCAGAGAUUUCGACGAGUCAAGCCACCUAUGCCAAAAAUGUGCUGCGUAUUGCCUGUCAAUGCGGCAGCCAUAUUCGGCAUCGCAUCGACUUCGUUGUUGGCAACCGCUCUCUUCAUCUACUGCGUCAUAAAUUUGACAUCAUCAACGUCUACUUUGGGCAACGUUGGUGGAACGAAAAUGAUUGCUCUCUUGUCUGUUGGGCUGGCUAUCAUUCUUCUCUUCGCCGUGCUGUUUGUGUGGGGUGUGUUUGCCGUUCGACAACGUCUUCUGCUGCCCUUCACCACACUCUCCUGCUUUCUCCUGUUCGCUGUCGUCGGGACUCUAAUUGCCACCAUGGUGACAAGCGCUGAUGAGUUCAAUGCUGCAGUAUCGAAAGCCGACGGAACCAGUGGUGCUACCGUAGCGGAUCUCGUGAUAUUCAGGGUCGUCCUCGGUGUCGCGGCUCUUGUGCUUGCCAUUGAACUGUACGCAUACAUUCGACUGUUCCUGCAUAUAAGGGCAGUGAGUCGCACGUUAUCGCGAUGA